AUGAUUGCAGACGCAGCAGCAACAGCACCAGCAGCUACGCCAGCAGCAGCAGAAGCAGCAGAAGCAGCAAAAGCAACAGGUGCAACAACAGCAGCAGCAGCUCCAGCAGCAGCUCCAGCAACAGCAGCAGCAGCUCCAGCAACAGCAGCAGCAGCUCCAGCAGCAGCUCCAGCAGCAGUUUCAGCAGCAGCUCCAGAAACAGCAGCAGCAGCUCCAGCAGCAGCAACGAGGUGUCUGCGUACUUCUUGUGUUGGGGGCGUUUCGGCCAGCUCGAAGAGCUCCAAGCAGCUCAGCAGCAGCACACACGCAGCAGCAGCAGCAGCAGCAGCAGCAGCAGCAAACCAGAACCAGCAGAAACCGAGUAUAAGCAGCAGCACAACCCUAUCUGCUGCAGUCAUCGCCAGCAGCACCAACUGCCACGCAGUAAAAAAAAGUAGCCCGCAGAGCAGCAGCACCAACAGCAGCAGCAGCAGCAGCACCACCACCACCACCAAGCCACCAACAGCAUCAGCAGCAGCAAGCCGACAGCAGCAGCAGCAGCAGCAGCAGCAGCAGCAGCAGCAGCAGCAGCAGCAGCAAGCCACAACUACUACCACCACCAGCAGCACCACCUCCACCACCACAAGCACAGCCACCAGACAGCAGCAGCACCAGCACCACCACCACCGCCACCACCACCAUCAUCAUCAUCAUCAUCAGCAGCAGCAGCAGCAGCAGCAGCAGCAGCAGCAGGAGCAGCAGCAGCAGCAGCAGCAGCAGGAGAGUAUACUUGGUGUAAGUUUCAUCCGAAAGUCUACGAAAAGCCUCUGCGUUUGCUCUGAAGAGGUUUUGUGUUUUUUGCUGCCAAAGAAUUUGUGUCUGCUCUAUUAA